UUAAACUACAGUUUGCUUAAUUGAUGAUCUGAAAGCAAACCAACCACAUUGUGGUGCAACACAAUGUACAGACUAACCCUAAACUGUUCCUUCUGCAGGUGGUUCUACCAUUUUUAUAUUGUGUCUGUGACCUGGAAUGGCUUCCUGCUACUGCUGUUUAUGCAGUCUGUGUUUUUCUCUCAGUCAUUCCCCUCCUGGCUCCGGGAUUUGCUUGACGUUCUUGAUGGAGCAAAGGAAGACAGAGGCGUCCACCACUCAGAAAAUGGUGCCGAAUUCCUGUCAGCCUUCCUGGUCUGCCUUUUGGUCUGGGUGAAUAGCUGUCGACGGUUAAAAGAAUGUCUUCACAUUAGCAUUUAUUCUGGAGGGGUCAUUCAUUUUGCACAUUACUGCUUCGGCCUCUUUUACUAUGUUUUGGUGGGGUUCACAGUGCUGUGUCAGGUGCCAGCAAAGAGUAGAGAAGGCAAAGCCCACUCACUGACAGUCUGCUGGUACCAUGUUCUCGGACUUGUGAUGUUCUGUUGGGCUUCUGUCCAUCAACACAGAUGUCAUGUUAUUCUUGCUAACCUUCGAAAAGAUAAAUCAGGAAAGGUCUCCAGUUUGGAUCACAGCAUUCCUUUUGGUGACUGGUUUGAAAUGGUGUCCAGUCCUCAUUAUUUUGCAGAAUUUCUCAUAUAUACGUCAAUGGCUGUCACUUUUGGAUUUUAUAACUUAACUUGGUGGCUAGUGGUGGCAUAUGUCUUUUUUAACCAGGCACUAAGUGCUGUUUUGUGCCACGAAUAUUACUUAAACAAAUUUAAGCACUAUCCAAAAUAUCGGAAAGCAUAUAUACCUUUUAUUUUUUAAAUUAUUUAUAUUAAAUGGAGUAUGAUUCCACAUUUGCAGCAAUUAAAGAUCUUGAACUUUU